UUUAAUUUUCUAUGUGAUUUCUUUUAGGAGUCUACAACAAUCCCAUCCUGUUGACACUGCAAGACCAUGUUGUGACUGUAGGAAUGUCUGUGACCCUCUCUUGUACCUCAAAUCAUUCAUACAACUGGUUCAUUUUAACUAAGAAUAAUCAGAAGUUCUCGCGUAGUCAGCGUUCACAAAAAAACCAAACUGGUUUGUUCUUUGCCAAGUUCCAAGUGACACCAACGGCUUUCAGCCCAAGGUGGAGGUUCAGAUGCUAUGGCUAUUACACAAGUAAUUCUCAGGUGUGGUCAGAAGGGAGUGACCUUUUGGAACUUCUGAUCUCAGGAAAACUUAAGAAACCCACUUUGAGGGCUGAGCCAGGAUCUGUGAUUGCCUCAGGAAAUAAUGUGACGAUCUUAUGUGAGGGGACCGAGGGAAAGCAACCAAUGUAUUUCCUCUAUAAAGAAGGAAGCCCAGCACCAUGGGACAGUCAAACCCCAAAAGAUCCUGGUAACAAAGCCAUGUUCUCAAUAGCAUUUGUGGAACAGCAUCAUGCAGGAAAAUAUCGCUGUUACUCUUACAACUCUUCAGGGUGGUCAGAACGCAGUGACAUGUUGGAGCUGGGGGUGACAGGUGUCUAUCCUAGCAAAGUCACCCUGUCAGCUGUGCCGAGCCCUGUGGUGACCUCAGGAGGGUAUGUGACUCUUCAGUGUGUCUCACAACAGGAAUAUAACAGCUUCAUUCUUGUGAAGGAUAAUGAGAAGUUCUCCAGGCCUGUGUCCUCACGUGAUAUAUACCCUAAGCUAUCAGAAGCUCAUUUUAGAGUUGGUCCUGUGACUCACAACCAGAGGUGGAGAUUUACAUGCUAUGGCUAUUACUGGAGUAGCCCCCAGCUGUGGUCAGUUCCUAGUAAUGACCUAGAGCUCCUGGUCUCAGGGACCCUUCACAAACCCACUAUCUGGGCUCUUCCAGGCUCUGUGAUCACCUCAGAGAGUCCUGUUACCAUCUGGUGUGAGGGCACCCUAGAAAGCCUUAUGUACAUGAUACAUAAAGAAGGAAGCCCAGAACCCAGUUACACACAAACCCAAAUAGACCACAACAAUAAGGCACAAUUCUCCAUCCCAUCUGUGACAAGACUGAAUGCAGGGCAGUACAACUGUUACUCAUACAACUCUGCUGGCUGGACAGAGCGCAGUGAUACCGUGGAGCUGGUGGUUACAGGUGUUCACCAUGGUAAACCUACUCUGUCAGCUUUGUCCAGCCCUGUGGUGACCCCAGGUGGGAACGUGACCCUUAAGUGUGUCUCAUCUAAAGGAUAUGAUUGGUUCAUUUUGACUGGGGCAGAUCCAAAUUUCUCCAGGUCCCAAAAGGCACAGUUUAGACGCACUGGACAGUCCCUAGCUUUGUUUCCUGAGAUCACUGUGGAAUCCAGCAAGAGUGGGCCCUUCAGAUGUUAUGGAUACUAUACAAAUACCCCGCAUUUGUGGUCAGAGGCCAGUGACCCUUUGGAGAUACAUGUCUUAGUCUCACAGCUUCAAGAUCACACAGUGGAGAACAUCAUUCGGAUGGGCAUUUCCGGUUUGAUUUUCACAGUAAUUGGGAUUUUGCUGUUUGAGGCUUGCCCCAGCCAGAAAAGACCUUGAUUGCAUCCAAGAAGUGAAGACGAGAGAUGACCACAGGCUUGCAUCAUUACUAUCUCUGAAAAAUAAAUUUGUUAAUAUUUAGUCUUUUUUUAAAGAAAAUUUAAUGCUUAAAAUGGGUAUGACUUAUGAGAAAAGAUCCAGGAAUCACAUGUGUUUUGGAUGCAGGAAAGCAUCAAAAUGUUGGUUGGAGAGCUCUUCCAUUACCACGUUAAGGCUCGUACCCUCUACCUUACUGUGGACUUUGAAGAAUUUUUCCUUCGACUCUUUUUUAGAGGGGAACUUAUUGUCCCUUUAAUGAGGUUUGGUCCUGAUCUUUAUAUAUCCUCUGCUUCCCCCAGUUUCUUGUCAUACUUUAUUUUAAAUUAUCACAUUUCUUAUUAUGAACAUCUGUUUUGGUGGAAGUUUUUACUACUAUGAAUAUGAAAUUUGACUCAAUAAGAACAACAAAAAUUAGUGGACACAAUACAGAUUCCCAAAUUUUAAGAUAACGGAAUAUAAAUGAUGCUUCCAAUUUCCGUACUCUCACUUAGGUAUCUUACUACCCACACUCAUUGUGAGUUUUCUUCUAAUUUAUGAAAACAUUGCUGUCUAUUGUUUAAAGGAACCAUCUGGUGAAAUACUCUUGCUGUAGUUUCAAAAAUAUUUUCUUAAAUAAGGGCUUCUCUAUUACAUUUGCUGAUUGAUGUGUAUAAUCCCUUGAAUGGAUACCUUGAUGUCCCAGCUUCUUCCUGUAUUCCAAGGUCACUUAUUUCCAUAAUAUGAGAAACAAGGAGCAGUGAAAAUAGCAAACCUGGUCACCUUUGCCCUCUUUGCUGUUUCUGUGUGAGGAGGCAGAACACUACCAAAUGCUGAUAAAUCUUUGCAUUCUCACAAUAAAAGAUAUUUGUUUAGUCCCCAAUUAAUUAUUUGAAAUAUUUGAGAUCCAUGAGAGGAGACACUUGUCUUAUGGAUCCCAGCUGUUUUGUUAAGGUCAGUUGUGUACACUCCACUUUUACAUUCCCUCAUUCUCAUUAAUUGUGUGAAAACUGGUGUAUGUACUUGGGAAUCUGAAGAUGCAUAAACCAAUAGAGAUAAAACUAAGACACUGUUAAGAGGGAGAUGGUGAGCAUGAGGACUUAAAAUAAUCAAGUCAGCAUAGAGGUAUAGAGAGCCUGGUCAGACCAUCAUGGCUCCUGAAUUUUUAAUAUGUUUCUUAUGCAUUAUCUUCAUUAAGAUGAUUGAUGUGGGAAGUCACAUUUUAACUGUGGUGGGAACUAUUUUUGGGACAAGGAGAUACUGGUGUAUAUAAAAUGAAGAAGUGAACUCAGCACCAGCAAGUAUUUAUUCAUCCUUCUCUGCAUUUUCUAUGUGGAUAUAAAGCUUCUGGAUGCUU